AUGCAGCACCAGAGGCUGAAGCAGCAGCAGCAACAAGCUCUGAUGCAACAGGCUCUUCUUCAGCAGCAUUCUCUUUACCACCCUGGCCUAUUAGCUCCCCCUCAGAUAGAGCCAAUCCCAAGUGGAAAUCUGCCUCCUGGUUUUGAUCCAAGUACUUGCCGCAGUGUGUAUGUGGGGAACAUACAUACCCAGGUGACUGAACCACUUCUUCAAGAGGUUUUUGCAAGUACCGGUGCUGUUGAAAGCUGCAAGCUUAUAAGAAAGGAAAAGUCAUCGUAUGGGUUCAUUCACUAUUUUGAUCGCAGAUCAGCUGCCCUUGCAAUAUUGUCUCUCAAUGGCAGACAUCUGUUUGGGCAGCCUAUCAAAGUAAAUUGGGCAUAUGCUAGUGGUCAAAGGGAGGAUACAUCAGGCCAUUUCAACAUUUUUGUUGGUGAUCUAAGCCCUGAGGUUACUGAUGCUACGUUAUUUGCAUGCUUUUCUGUUUAUCCCAGUUGUUCAGAUGCAAGGGUUAUGUGGGAUCAGAAGACAGGGCGUUCAAGAGGCUUUGGGUUUGUCUCAUUCCGAAACCAACAGGAUGCUCAAAGUGCGAUAAAUGACUUAACUGGUAAGUGGCUUGGAAGUAGACAGAUACGUUGCAACUGGGCAACAAAAGGUGCUGGUUCCAAUGAGGAUAAGCAGAGUUCAGAUGCUAAAAGUGUUGUGGAACUUACAAAUGGCUCAUCAGAAGAUGGAAAAGAGACGACUAACAGUGAGGCUCCGGAGAACAACCCUCAAUAUACUACUGUUUAUGUGGGCAAUCUUGCACCAGAGGUCACUCAGCUUGAUCUUCAUCGGCAUUUUCAUGCUCUUGGUGUUGGAGUGAUCGAGGAGGUUCGGCUCCAGCGUGACAAGGGCUUUGGUUUUGUGAGAUUCAGUACCCAUGCUGAGGCAGCUCUGGCUAUUCAAAUGGGAAAUACUCAGUCCAUUUUGUGUGGUAGACAAAUAAAGUGCUCUUGGGGUAGCAAGCCUACUCCACCAGGGACAAUUUCAAACCCACUCCCUCCACCAGCAGCAGCAGCACCUUUACCAGGCCUCUCUGCAACAGACCUCUUGGCCUAUGAACGGCAACUUGCUAUGAGCAAGAUGGGUGGUGUCCAUGCUCUCAUGCACCCCCAGGGGCAGCAUCCCCUUAAGCAGGCAGCAAUGGGAAUGGGCACUGCUGGAGCGAGCCAAGCUAUAUACGAUGGCGGAUUCCAGAAUGUUGCUGCUGCCCAGCAGCUCAUGUACUACCAGUAA